CUUCUCGCCUUUGGCCAAUGCCGCCAAAUUUGAAUCACGCGCCGAACUGGCCGACCCGCGAACGCGCUUUGAGUUCCGCUCGAAUUAUUCGGAUACUCGGUCCAAUUUGUCGGGAUGCUGACGAGAAAUUAUAACGGCGUGCAGCACACCAACGGCGUGAACGGCACCAAGGCCGCGGAGAAGGUCGCCGCGCUCAAGACGGUCGCGGCGGAGACGUCGGGGCUGGCCAAGAUCGAGCUGCCCGACGGCAACCCCUUCACGCUGUUCCGCCAGUGGCACGUCGACGCCCUCGCCUCCCACCUGGUGCUGCCCAACGCGCUCUGCCUGUCCACCGCCACCAAGGACGGGCGCGUGAGCUCGCGCCACGUGAUCCUCCGCCGCCUGGAGGACGACGGCUUCGUCAUCAUGACGGACAGGCGCAGCAAGAAGUCCGCUGAACUGGCCGAGAACCCCGCGGCCUGCAUGACGUUCCUGUGGUGCUACCGGAGGGCCGACGGCGUGACAGUCAACCAGCAGGUGCGCAUCGAGGGCGAGACGGUGGAGCUGACCCCCGAGCAGGUCGGCGACCUGUACGAGCGCGAGCCGCUGUACUGCAAGGUGCGCACGCACCUGUGCCACCAGGGCGUGGAGGUGGACUGGGACGAGCACAAGAAGAAGCACGACGAGCUGCUGCAGAAGGUGGCCGAGGGCGUACAGACGCUGCCCUGCCCCGACCAUUUCGUGGCCUACAAGCUGUACCCGACCAUGAUCGAGUUCUACUACGCCCACGACUCGUUCAUCGGCGACCGGAUCAUGUUCUUGAAGAAGGGCGGCAACAAUUGGGAGCACACCCGGAUCGCGGCCUGAAGCUUGUCUCCACGCCGCAGCGGCCUCCAGCAGGCCCACUGUAGCGAGGAAACAGUGCGGGUCCAGUUACCACGAGCCAUCCAUCUCAACCUGAUUUUGUAUUUUGUUUCCCGGGAAGUUACCACAAACGCGGCGAAUCGUUCUGUUUGAAGGUGUGGGCGUGAAAGGGUUCACUCGCAAUACCCUGGUGUUACUUUGCACCCGAAAAAGAGUGAUCCUUUUCCCAGGAGAGGCUCUUGCCGAUAUUCCGAAAAAUUCCUUUCUCACAAUGAAAAUACGCUAGCCUCAAGAACCUUGUCAAGAGUAACUCCAUGGACAAGAAUCCACUUUUUCGAGUGUGGGUGUUCGCACCUACUAUAUGCUUAUGUAUAAUUUUGUACGUACAAAAUUGUGCAUAAACAUGCGGCGUGCAGACCUUAGUACUCAUGCGAGGAGUUGAACGGAAGUUAUUUUGUUUUAGCUAAAAGGGAGACCCUUGAAUAAGUCUUUGAUAGAGUGUGCCAUAUGACGUUGACACUUCUGCAAACGGAGUUCAACAUGAAUCUUGUGCCAUAAUCGUGUUCUCGAGAGAGUUUGAAGAACUUUUUUCUCCACCUAAUUAUAAUUAUUACCAUUAUUGUUAUUAUUGCUGGCGCGCUUUGCUACAUCGCGAGAGGAUCGACACUGCCACGUCUAUUAACACUACACUGUAAAUCUGUUUCUUUCGUAGAUCUGACUUGCCUUGUAAAAUAUUUUUGUACUAACUCCAGAUUAAUAAAUAAAUGUAAGAAACUUUG